AUGGACGGCAUCGAUGCUGCUCCUGCCCCGGUCCCCGCCGUCGACGGCCCGCCACCAGCAGGAUCAUACAAGCUCGCUCUCGUCGCGUGGGGCUUGAUGCUUAUCGGCGUCCUCCUCCUCUUGCACUACAUUAGCAGUCGCAUCUUCUGCCUCUACAACGAAGAUGCCACCAUCGCCGAGGUAGCGGCAACCUCCCCCUCAUCCUCCCCACGGGCUCCAUCGGCGUCGCUGCCAAUCCCUCAGCCUCGCCACACUGUGCCGAUGUCGCUGCUCCCGGUGUUUGUGUACGUGGCGUCAUCACCCGGUGAGGAGACGGCGGACUGCGCGGUGUGCCUGGUGUUCAGGGAGCGGGAGGCCGGGCGGUUGCUGCCGCGUUGCGGACACGGCUUCCACGAGGAGUGCAUCGUGACGUGGCUUCAGGUCAACACGACGUGUCCACUCUGCCGGACACCCGUGGAUACCAAGUGA